UUUUCCUCCAUUAUGCAAACAGAUGGCUUUUUGCCAGGAACUCUCAACCCCCUGAGGCUCUACGCUCCUUCCCUCCUAUUGGCCUACUUGCUCUCAUUAUUUUGGGGAGGUGUGUUUUUCAAGUGGCAGAGGAGUGAUAACUGCCCUUGCCUCUUGGGAGUGAGGUACUUGGAGUUCAGGGGACCCGCCUGUUGACAAUGACAGCGGACGAGUUGGUUUUCUUUGUGAAUGGCAAAAAGGUGGUGGAGAAAAAUGCAGAUCCAGAAACAACCCUUUUGGCCUACCUGAGAAGAAAGCUGGGGCUGAGCGGGACCAAGCUGGGCUGUGGAGAAGGGGGCUGUGGAGCUUGCACCGUGAUGCUUUCCAAGUAUGAUCGCCUCCAGAACAAGAUCAUCCACUUUUCUGCCAAUGCCUGCCUGGCCCCCAUCUGUUCCUUGCACCAUGUUGCCGUGACGACUGUGGAAGGGAUAGGAAGCACCAAGUCCAGGCUGCAUCCCGUGCAGGAGAGAAUUGCCAAAAGUCACGGUUCCCAGUGUGGGUUCUGCACCCCCGGCAUGGUCAUGAGCAUGUACACGCUGCUCCGGAACCAGUCUGAGCCCACUGUGGAGGAGAUUGAGAAUUCCUUCCAAGGAAACCUGUGCCGCUGCACAGGCUACAGACCCAUCCUCCAGGGCUUCCGCACCUUUGCCAGGGAUGGUGGGUGCUGUGGAGGGAAUGCGGACAACUCAAACUGCUGCAUGAACCAGAAGAAAGACGACACAGUCACUCAGUCUCCAUGUUUAUUCAACCCAGAGGAGUUCAUGCCCUUGGAUCCUACCCAGGAGCCCAUCUUCCCACCAGAGUUGCUGAGGCUGAAAGACGCGCCCCAGAAGCAGCUACGUUUUGAAGGGGAGCGUGUGACCUGGAUCCAGGCCUCCACCCUGAAGGAGCUACUGGACCUCAAGGCGCAGCACCCCGAGGCCAAGCUGGUGGUGGGGAACACAGAGAUUGGCAUUGAGAUGAAGUUUAAGAAAAUGCUGUUUCCUGUGAUCGUCAGCCCAGCCUGGAUCCCUGAGCUGAAUUUAGUGGAGCACGGCCCAGAGGGGAUCUCCUUCGGGGCCGCUUGCACUCUGGACUCUGUGGAAAAGACCCUGAAAGAUGCCGUGGCCAAGCUUCCUGCCCACCAGACAGAGGUGUUCAGAGGCGUCCUGGAGCAGAUGCGCUGGUUUGCUGGGAAGCAGGUCAAGUCUGUGGCGUCCAUCGGAGGGAACAUCAUUACCGCCAGCCCCAUCUCCGACCUCAACCCGGUGUUCAUGGCCAGCGGGGCCAAGCUGACCAUCGUGUCCAGAGGCACCAGGAGAACGGUUCCGAUGGACCACACCUUCUUCCCUGGCUACAGAAAGACGCUGCUAGGUCCAGAAGAGAUACUGCUUUCCAUCGAGAUCCCCUAUAGCAGGGAGGGCGAGUUUUUCUCAGCCUUUAAGCAGGCCUCCCGGAGAGACGAUGACAUAGCCAAGGUGACCUGCGGCAUGAGAGUCCUGUUCCAGCCAGGAACCACACAGGUGAAGGAGCUGGCCCUUUGCUUUGGCGGAAUGGCCGACAGAACCAUCUCAGCCUUCAAGACCACGCGGAAGCAGCUGUCAAAUUUCUGGAACGAGAAGCUGCUGCAUGAGGUGUGUGCAGGCCUGGCGGAGGAGCUGUAUCUGCCCCAUGAUGCCCCGGGCGGCAUGGUGGACUUCCGGCGCACGCUCACCCUCAGCUUCUUCUUCAAGUUCUACCUGACGGUGCUUCAUAAGCUGGGCAAAGACCAUCCGGAAGACAAGUGUGGCAAACUGGACCCCACCUUUGCCAGCGCCACCUUCCUCUUUCAGAAAGACCCUCCGGCCAACGUCCAGCUCUUCCAGGAGGUGCCCAAGGGUCAGUCUGAGGAGGACACGGUGGGCCGGCCCCUGCCCCACCUGGCCUCGGCCAUGCAGGCCUCCGGAGAGGCCGUGUACUGUGACGACAUCCCUCGCUAUGAGAAUGAGCUGUCCCUCCGGCUGGUCACCAGCACCCUGGCACACGCCAAGAUCAAGUCCAUAGAUAUUUCAGAAGCUCAGAAGGUGCCGGGGUUUGUUUGCUUUAUCUCUGCUGAUGAUAUUCCUGGGAGUAACACAACUGGACUUGGUAAUGAUGAAACAAUCUUUGCGAAGGAUAAGGUGACUUGCGUUGGGCACAUCAUUGGCGCCGUGGUCACCGACACCCCAGAGCACGCACAGAGAGCAGCUCAAGGAGUGAAAAUCACCUAUGAAGAACUUCCAGCCAUUAUCUCCAUUGAGGAUGCGAUAAAAAACAACUCCUUUUGGGGGCGGGAGCUGAAGAUCGAGAAAGGAGACCUCAAGAAGGGGUUUUCGGAAGCAGAUAACGUUGUUUCAGGUGAGGUGUAUAUUGGCGGCCAAGAUCACUUCUACCUGGAGACUCAGUGCACCAUCGCUGUCCCAAAAGGCGAGGCAGGAGAGAUGGAGCUCUUUGUUUCCACACAGAACACCAAUAAGACCCAGAGCUUUGUUGCAAACAUGCUGGGGGUUCCAGCAAACCGGAUUGUGGUCCGAGUGAAGAGAAUGGGAGGAGGCUUUGGAGGGAAGGAGACCCGGAGCACCCUGGUAUCCACAGCAGUGGCCCUGGCUGCAUACAAGACUGGCUGCCCUGUACGCUGCAUGCUGGAUCGUGAUGAGGACAUGCUGAUCACUGGCGGCAGACAUCCCUUCCUGGGCAGAUACAAGGUUGGCUUCAUGAAGACGGGGAGGAUUGUCGCCCUGGAGGUGGAGCACUACAGCAAUGCCGGGAACUCCGUGGAUCUCUCUAGGGGUGUAAUGGAGCGAGCUCUACUCCAUAUGGACAACUGCUACAAAAUCCCCAACAUCCGGGGCAUUGGGCGGCUAUGCAAGACCAACCUGUCCUCCAACACGGCCUUCCGGGGUUUCGGGGGCCCCCAGGGGAUGCUCAUUGCCGAGCACUGGAUGAGUGAAGUUGCAGUGACCUGUGGGCUGCCUGCUGAGGAAGUGCGGAGGAAGAACAUGUACAAAGAAGGGGACCUGACAUACUUCGACCAGAAGCUUGAGGGGUUCACCGUGCCCAGGUGCUGGGAUGAAUGUCUGGCAAGCUCUCAGUUUCAUGCUCGGAAGAGUGAGGUUGACAAGUUCAACAAGGAGAAUUGUUGGAAAAAGAGAGGAUUGUGCAUAAUUCCUACCAAGUUUGGAAUAUCCUUCCUUACUCCUUUUCUGAAUCAGGCAGGAGCCCUGAUUCAUGUGUACACAGAUGGCUCCGUGCUGCUGACCCAUGGGGGCACUGAGAUGGGCCAGGGUCUCCACACCAAGAUGGUACAGGUGAGCUGCCUGUGGACUGUGGAAGCUUGUCAGACCAUCCUGAAGAGGCUGGAGCCCUUCAAGAGGAAGAACCCUAGUGGCUCCUGGGAAGACUGGGUCACAGCUGCCUACCAGGAUGCAGUGAGCUUGUCUGCUACUGGGUUUUACAAAACACCCAACGUUGGCUACAGCUUUGAGACCAACUCAGGGAAACCCUUCCACUACUUCACCUACGGGGUGGCUUGCUCGGAAGUGGAAAUUGACUGCUUAACAGGGGACCAUAAGGUAAGAUGUUUGCAAAACUUCAGUACUAAGGGGGGAAAAGAAGAGAAACAACUCAAUUAUAAUACAAACCAAAGACAAACUCUGGUUGGGAAAAUAAUGCCUUAUAUCCCAGCUUGGGAAACUUUCUUUAAAGGACCAGAGAGUAAAAACUUUAGGCUUUUGGGGCCACGAAGACACUGCCUCAAUGCUAUCUUUGCAGCACGAAACAGCCAAGACCUAUGGAAACAAGUGAUGCCAAUGCCUGGCGAAGGCCUGGAGAGGUUGUCCCGGGUGGUGAGGGGCCAGGUAAGCAGAGCAGGGCUGUUUCCAGCUUCAUUCCAGGCCCCGCUCUGGGUGGCCUGGUGCCCAUGGUGGAAGCAGUACCUGUCCCUGGGGAAUGGGGAGGCAGUGUGUCCACGGUGUCCGUCUGCCCUGCAGGUGGAAGGCGCAUUUGUCCAGGGUCUGGGCCUCUUCACACUGGAGGAGCUGCACUACUCACCCGAGGGCAACCUGCUCACCCGCGGCCCCAGCACCUACAAGAUCCCGGCAUUUGGCAACAUCCCCACUGAGUUCAGGGUGUCCCUGCUCCGUGACUCUCCCAACAAGAAGGCCAUCUACGCAUCCAAGGCUGUCGGGGAGCCGCCUCUCUUCCUGGCCGCCUCCAUCUUCUUUGCCAUCAAGGAUGCCAUCCGAGCAGCCCGAGCUCAGCAUGCAGACAAUAAUACAAAGGCGCUCUUCCAGCUAGACAGCCCUGCCACCCCGGAGAAGAUCCGCAAUGCCUGCGUGGACAAGUUCACCACCCUGAGUGUCACUGAUGUACCAGGAAACUAUAAACCCUGGUCUCGGAGGGUCUGAAGAGAAAGCCCCCAGGGGACUCUUCUCAUGUGAAGCGUGGAGCAUGCCCUGAAGAACACGAAUCUAUGAAAACUGCAGGCUGACAACGCAGAACACUGAAUGCAUGGGAAGAUUCUGAUAAAAAAAUGUGAUUUGUAAACACAAUGAUAAGCAAAUUCAGACCUAUUAGGCUCAAGGCCCAAGUAGUUAUUAGGCAAUGAAGGGUCCUUUCAGGUCUGUUUUAAUCAUGUAUAUGGUUAAAUAGAUUCAGGAAGUGUGUGUGCUAUGUCCCAACUCAUUGGACAGACUAUAUAACCUCAGGUGCUGACAGCGUCUGUCCUUCUGGGAUCCCACAAACCUCCAGAAGCUUGAACGAAAGCUACGUUAAAUCCACGUGCCUUCCUCAGGCAGCCUUUCCUUCGAGCCAAUGAACAUCAUAUUAUCACCUCAGAUCCAUACCUAAAAAAUUUUAAUGGGACAAUGUGGUGAGAUUCAAGCCUCUAACCACCUUUGGGUCAUCGGAGAGAAUAAAGAAUGAAACAAAUUCAAGGUUAA